AUGUGUUGGGGUUGCAAUUCAACUGCGCAAAAGGUUUGGUCCUUUGGUGUCGGUAUCAUCGUUCUCGCAUGCUCCAUUACUCUUGGAGUAUUAUGGCCCAAAGUAUCCACGGAUUUGGUUAAUUCACAACUGCAACUCACGGAAUAUUCGACAAAUUAUCAAAAAUGGAUCAAAUCGCCGUUUCCUCUGUACAUGGAAUUUCGCGUAUUUAAUUUUACCAAUUGGGAAGAGUUUAACGUUGAAGGUGAAUCUGAGUUGUUGAGAAACAAAUGGAAAAAUGUGAAACCGAAAUUCGAAGAAUUAGGUCCUUAUGUGUUUGAGGAGAUGCAUAAACGUGUUGAUCUUGCUUAUGGAGACGAUGAUGAGGAUGUUUCUUUUAAUCAAACGAAAACUUGGUGGUUCAGAAAAGAUUUGAGUAAUGGAAGUUUAGAUGAUAUGGUUACUAAUGUUAAUCCAAUUGCUUUGACAAUCAACUAUGCCACACGUUAUUUAGAUGAAGGAACAAAAUCAAUUGUCGACCUUUUAUUAAUGCAAAAAGCUGAGAUGUUCACAACUGCCAAAGUUGGAGAAUGGUUGUUCGAUGGUUUCGAAGACGGUAUCUUAGAAUGGGUUAAAGAACUGGAAGAAGAAGGCGAACUUCCGCCAAACAUUCCUGAAAUCCCAUACGAAAGAUUCGGAUGGUUCCAUUUGAAGAAUGAAUCUUCUACCACUGAUGGUCGUUUCCAAAUCUACACAGGCAAAGAUGACAUCAAAAAGUUGGGUAUGUUCAAAACGUGGAAUGGCAAAGAAACAUUGGGCAUCAUGAAAGGCGAAUGUGAUAAAAUUAAAGGAACAACAGGAGAAGUUUGGCCUCCAUUUGACACAAAAUCCAAAACAAAACCUGAUGCUACAAUGUUCAUUCCUGACGUUUGUCGUUCAUUAACUCUCAAAUACGCAAGUGACUUUGAACGUCACGGCAUCAAAGGAUGGAAAUGGGUUGGAGAUGAUAGCAUGUUCGACAAUGGACACAAAUACGAACAUACCGCAUGUUUCUGUCAAGCUGACGAAAGCGAAUGCCCAAAUAUCAAACCAGGCAUCUACAAUACUUCAACAUGUCAAUUCGGAGCACCCGCAUUCACAUCUUUCCCCCAUUUCUAUCUCGCUGACGAGAGUUAUUUGGAAGCUAUUGAAGGUCUUAAACCUGAAAAAGAAAAGCAUGAAAUGUACAUCGCUCUUGAACCUGAAAUUGGAUUACCUUUAGACAUCAAGGCGCGUCUUCAAAUCAAUUUGUUCAUGCGAAAUGAACCACUUUUGAGCUACUACAAAGACGUUCCCGAUGUCUACAUCCCCAUGUUCUGGUUCACGCAAGUUGCUGAACUUCCCGAAGACUUGGCAGAAACAGCUAAAUUAAUUUACUUGGUUAAAGGUAUCGGCAUGUGGAUUUGUUAUGGUUUAGCAGCUGUCGGAUCUCUCGCUGUCAUUUGUGGAAUUUAUUUUGUUUUCACAAGUCGUAAUAAGCAACCAACCAGUAUGGACAUGACAAAAUCGUAA